CUUCAAUAUUAAAUCAAGUAUUAUUGGAUUACAAUUUUUUUUAUGAACGCAUAUUAUUGAAAUACUGCGGGGUACUGUGUCAACAAAGAUGGCUGUUGAAAAGUUGUAUGAAAGUGAUAAUUAUUUGAUCGUAAAUAAGCCUUACGAUAUGUAUAUUAACUCGGACGAUGAACAUGAGAAGAAUACAGUGACAUAUCAUAUUGCGUCACCGGACUCCCAUCUCUCGUCUUCAUUAUUCCCUCUUCACUUUGUACAACGAUUGGACUACGCUACAAGUGGCGUGCUAUGUAUUGCCAAGAACAAAUCGUCUGCCGCGCAAGCGGGCAAACUAUUUGAACAGCGAAUAACAAAGAAGUAUUAUCUCGCUGUGGUAAGAGGUCAUGUGACGUUUGAAGUGGCUGAUAUUGAGUUUAAUGUUGGGGUUGAUCCGUCCACAGCGGACUCUAGUCACCGAAUGUCUGCGCUGACCACAAGUGAAGCGUCGGUGAGAUGUCUUCAGUCGCGACACGCACACACGCGCAGUCUACGGCUAGAAACAGGCUACUACGACAACAGCCCCGUCUCAGUUCUACUGCUAAAACCUAUCACAGGUCGCCGUCACCAGCUGCGUGUGCAUUGCAGCGCAGUCGGGCACACAAUACUCGGCGACUACACGUACAGCGGCACAAAGGACAGCAUGCCGCACCGAAUGUUCCUACAUGCUACUAGAUUAGUGUUACCCCUUCCUGACGAAGAUUUGGACAUACAGACACCAGAACCUUUCUUCUUGGACCCAAGAUUUAUUUCUAAAUGGAAAUCGGAGACGGCAUAUUAUAAAUACCGAAGUAAAGAAGACUUUUUAGCCGUCUGCGAUAUUUUAGACAAAUCUUAUGUGAUAGGUGUGCAGUAUAAAAUGUUUAAAAUGUAAUCUGUUUACAAUUUUAUAAUUUAUUUUUAAUCAUUUAUAAAAAAAGAAAAGUUAUUGAAUUUCUUGUGUUUUACUGUUGGUCAUUCAUAGCCGGCACGAUAACAUCAUAUUUAGCUAAAUUAACGCCCACCUCAAAUGAUGAUAACCAAAUUGGUGCACAACACGAUAA